UUUACUGUCCAUCUCCAGUAGAGCGAAAGGCGAAAGUAUGCCAAAACGCCCGAACCCAUUCGGAGACCACUCGUCUCUACAGCUGAAGACUCAUGUUCGGGCUAAGGAAGUCGACCAGGGAGUUGAUCAACAAGUUAGAAUGCAGUCUGUCUAUGAGAGAACGCAGAAAUUGUUGUUUGGUGGGAUGAACCACGGGCUUGAGGACAAGCGGCCUCCUUUAGAUGGCAAUGACAAUUUGAUGCUCAACCAUUUCCCCAACCACCUCAAGGCUAGUGAGCCAACGGCAUUAAGGCAGAUGCACUUGGGGAAGAAUUGUGAACUAGUCAACGUUGAUGAAGAAGAAAUGGAAGAGGAGGAGAGUGAUAACGUUUCCCCACCCUCUGUUCCCGGCAUUGUGGCCCAGGGUUACAGAUUUAACGAAUGUGGACAGUUUAGUCUGGCUCGACCGGGAUUUUCUUUUUGCCGUACGCCGGCGGAGUUAAGUCCCCCACAGCAGCUUCCACUGCCGUCUGCUUGUGAAACGUUUACGAGUAACGGUGCCAGUGUGAAUACCUCAGCGCCCAAUGUGUUUCAAAGGAUGAGGAUGGCGCAGAUGAAGAAACCAUCUGAAGAAGCCAGGUUUGGGGGAGCUUGUCACAACUGUCGAAGGCCCGUCCAGUCGCGAGAUGUUCUCAAGUGCCAGUUCUGUGAGAAUUUUGUCUGUGGCACGUGCUCGCGUCAGUGCAGAGGGUGCCUGCAGCAUUUUUGUCAACUUUGCUCUGUGUUGAACUAUGAGCAGUCUACGGAGCGAGCUUUCUGCCUCACCUGUAGUGGUCGGUGAUUGUGACAUUGUACAGAGGACAUUGUGAUAUCGCACGCAGCAGGACGUUGUGUCGUCGCACAGAUGAGGACAUUGUAAAUUGUGUCAUCGCACAGAGGAGGACAUUGUAAAUUGUGUCGUCGCACAGAGGAGGACAUUGUAAAUUGUGUCGUCGCACAGAGGAGGACAUUGUAAAUUGUGUCGUCGCACAGAGGAGGACAUUGUAAAUUGUGUCAUCGCACAGAGGAGGACAUUGUAAAUUGUGUCGUCGCACAGAGGAGGACAUUGUAAAUUGUGUCAUCGCACACAGGAGGACAUUUUGCCAUCGCACAGAGGACAUUGUGUCGUUCUUAUCAUUCGCAACAAUGGAUAUAAAUAGAUCUGCACUUCUGGAUUUCGCCUGUCAUGAGGAAGUUGGGGAAAAUUUCAUCAAUCUUGCAAGUGUGUGUGUGGGAAGGGGCAAAUUCUGGGCAUUGGACUGAGAUGUUUGUUUGUUUGAAAGGAGAGUGCAUAAUUUUAAAGGAGUUUAGGGCAUCGAGCCGCUGUGGCAUAUAUAUAUACAAGUUUCACUCCAUUCCACUUCUUUCCAUUUCACAACACUAUACCAAUAGCAACUAGCUGAUUUAAAUAACACUCACAUGCCUACAUACAUACACACUACAAAGUCUCGCUUGU